AUGGACGCCUACGGUGGAAACGAUGAGGAGAGCGCCGAGUUGCGGAAGCUCUUGGCCGAGGUGAACGAUGACUCGGACAACUUUGAGAUCUGGGAGAAGCUCGUCCGCGCCGCCGAGGCCCUCGAGGGCGGAAUCAAUAGGAACUCGAGUUCGCAGGCGAUCACGGCCGUCCGGAGUGUCUACGACCGCUUCCUCUUGAAGUUUCCUCUUUUCUUCGGCUAUUGGAAGAAAUACGCCGACCUGGAGUUCUCAAUAGCCGGGACCGAAGCCGCCGACAUGGUUUACGAACGUGGGAUCGCCAGCGUCACCAAUUCAGUGGAUCUGUGGACAAACUACUGUUCAUUCAAGACCGAGACAAGCCACGAUUCCGAUGGUAUUCGAGAGCUCUUUGAGAGAGGAGCGGUUUGUGUCGGCCUCGACUUCCUCGCCCAUCCCUUCUGGGAUAAAUAUGUUGAAUUCGAAGAACGCAUGGAAGGAUUCGACCGAAUCUUCGCCAUCCUCGGCCGAAUCAUACACAUACCGAUGCAUCAAUACGCGAGAUACUUUGAGAAGUACCGGCAGAUGGCACAGUCACGCCCGCUUUCAGCCAUCGCUCCGCCCGGCACUCUCACGCAGCUGCAGAUGGAUAUCGAGAACGAAGGAGCCGGCUACAAAGCCGGCCGAAGCCAGCCAGAGGUAGAGCGAGAGUUACGGACCCGGAUUGAUAACUAUCACCUCGACAUCUUCCGACGGACACAGAACGAGACUACGAAACGAUGGACGUAUGAAUCGGAAAUCAAGCGACCAUAUUUCCACGUGACGGAUCUCGACGAAGCUCAACUGACUAAUUGGCGCAAAUAUCUCGACUUUGAAGAAUCAGAAGGUGAUUACACCCGCACCCAGUUUCUCUAUGAGCGCUGCUUGGUCACUUGUGCGCAGCACGACGAGUUCUGGUUAAGAUACGCCCGGUGGAUGCUGGCCCAGCCGGGCAAGGAAGAGGAAGUUCGAAACAUCUAUCAAAGAGCGUCUUGCUUCUAUGUUCCGAUUGCUCUGCCGACAACCAGACUUCAGUACGCCUAUUUCGAAGAAAUGUCCGGUCGUGUCGAUGUGGCAAAGGACAUACACGAUGCGAUCCUCUUUCAGUUACCAGGCCAUGUCGAGACAAUUGUCUCUCUGGCGAACAUAAAUCGUCGUCAUUCAGGUCUGGCGGCCGCUGUUGCCGUGUACCAAAGUCACCUGGAGUCUCCGAACGUCGAAUCUGCAGCAAAAGCUGCCCUGGUGGCUGAAUGGGCGAAACUCCUCUGGAAAGUUAAGGGCUCGACGGAAGAGGCUCGCCAGGUUUUCCAGAAGAACCAACACUUGUACCUCGACAGCCCAGCUUUCUGGUCCAGCUACCUGCGUUUCGAAAUUGAACAACCCACAAGUAGCGAGACAGAGCAACAGCAUUAUGAGCGGAUUCGGCGGGUCGUGGACGAGAUCCUCACCAAGAGCGCCCUACCAGAAGCCAUCGUUCAAGAGCUCAUCACGACUUACAUGAGGUAUCUGCUUGAGCGGGGCACCAAAGAUGCAGCCAAGGAAUAUAUGAACCUCGAUCGCGAGAUCAAUGGGCCAAUAUCAGUCCAGAAGAUGCCCAAGACGAACCUGGAGACGGGCAAGACACUUGUUGGAGCUGUCAACGGACAGCCUCUCCCCAUCCGAUAUCCCUGA